ACCUCAGUGUACAGGACUACAACUACAGAGCCACAACCCUCUCAUCCGGGUUGUCUGUCAGUGGAGUACUCUGUCGUGCUGUAGUCUGUCGUGUUGUAGAGUGUGGUUGUUGGUUUGUGGAGAAUAUGUUUAGUGGGACCCUACGGGACAGUGACAAGAGUCGGUUCUGGGUUGACGGAGCUGUGGCCAGUGUGCUUGAAUUAAUGUUUGGAUCACUGCUGCUCAUAUUUCUUUCCACAGUCAAUGGUGUCCCAGUGUGCGAGUGGGGCAGAUAUGGACAAAACUGCGACCAACUAUGUUCACAUCUCUGUAGACUUCACCCUGGCAGAAACCUUCCACCGUGUGACAAAGAUACUGGGAAAUGUUUAGAAGGAUGUGUCCGUGGUCGGCAUGGUGACCACUGUGAUCAACUCUGUAGCCAGAACUGCAUCAACACCACGUGCAAUCAACCCAACGGGGGAUGUACCCUCGGGUGUACAGACGGAUACACUGGGUAUUUCUGUAACAAAACGACAGUUUCCACAGUUAAUGGUUUCCCUGUGUGCCAGUGGGGCAGAUAUGGACAAAACUGCGACCAACUAUGUUCACAUCUCUGUAGACUUCACCCUGGCAGAAACCUUCCACCGUGUGACAAAGAUACUGGGAAGUGUUUAGAAGGAUGUGUUCGUGGUCGGCAUGGUGACCACUGUGAUCAACUCUGUAGCCAGAACUGCAUCAACACCACGUGCAAUCAACCUAACGGGGGAUGUACCCUCGGGUGUGCAGACGGGUACACUGGGUAUUUCUGUAACAAAACGACAGUUUCCACAGUACAGAGUGGCACAAUAUGUGACUCUGGCAAAUAUGGACCAAACUGUGACCUCCGCUGCUCUGAACAAUGUGGUCUAUUUCCAGAGACGAACCACCGACCGUGUGACAAAUACACUGGGAAA